UUUAAAUUUCCUCGUCUGCGUCUUUCUAUACAGAGUUAAACUUAUUCCUCGCACAACGUCUCAUACUUAUUCAAAAAUUACUCCAUUGUUUCAUUUCAAUUUAGGGGAAUGGAUGUUCAUGUUACGAAUGACAAGAAGUUGAUUUCUUAUAUUAUUUUGAUUUUCUGAUAGGAUUAUUUCUGUAUCAGAUAUUUUAUUCUGUAUCUCCGAGAAGAUGGCUAAUCCUGAAUUCGAAAUUGAACCUGACACUGGACAUGAAAACGACUCUUUAGUCAAACGAGAAGAGUCUUGGACAAGAAUAGAUAAACUUCUGCUAGUAUUUGGUGUCGUCAUCAACUUUGGAGAUGGAGUGGAAAUCUAUUUGCCUGGUUCGUCCAAAAUACAAGAAUUCCCAGAUCAAUAACUGGAUAAGUCAACACAUAGAAGCCUCAAUAGUUUGAGAGACUCCUUGUCUCUCAAUGGACCACUCAAAUUUCUUUCAUUAAAAGUUUAAAAAUGUAACUCCAAAAAACGAUCACUAGAAACUAGAAAGCAUCAUUUUUAUUCAAGAGUGAUAUCACAACAAGUAUCGUGUGAAAUUGAACUUUCUCCGUGGAAGAAAGGAAUACUGGACUGCAUUCAGUACUUCACCAUGGCAGUUGCUGUUGUCAUCUCAGGAAUAUUGGCUCACAGGUUUGGGUGUAGAGUUUUGACUCUGUUUUCCCUCUAUUUGAGCUCUAUCAGCACAGUUGUCUGUGCUAUAGUAGCUAACUACACCACACUACUCCUUUCUAGAGCCCUUAUCGGGUUUUCUGUUGGACUCAAUUUAUCCGUCCAUAGCGUCUUGAUUGCUGAGCUGAUUUCUAGUAAGAAAGUUCUUGACGAGAUGGUGAUGGCAUUGUGCAUAUCGUACACUGUUGGAGGGAUCUGGUCGGCGAUUCUGGGAUACCUGCUGUUAGAUGUGGUAGGAUGGAGGAUAUUCAUUCUUCUGACAUCAUUGCCUUUCUUCAUACCACCCAUUUUUAUGCUCCACUUUAGUUCUGCGUUGACAUCAGGACCCAAAACGGGACAAAGAGUGAACGAGCAAAACCAAACAGAGAAGAAGGAAAUGGUGACUGCGACUGUUCCAAAUUUUGUUGCCAGAACUACAAAACUAGGAUUGUUUGGCUUUGUGAUCAUGUUCCAGGGCUGGCUUACUAUUCUUCUCGUACCCGCUUUAAUCCAGGCGUUCAAGAUCAAGGAAGCCGAACCAAACAGUGACUGCUCUGUGACCGUGACUCAAGGAAAGGAACUCCUGCUACUGGCUCUUGUCACCUUUGGAUCUAUCCCCGGACGGUUAUUCAUGCACUUCACGAGGAAGGAAUUCAGUCAUCGCAAAUUUCAGGUGAUAGUUGCCAUACUGAACGUGGCGAGUUUUGGAGGCAUGCUUGCACAGGAUCAUCUUGCAUUAGUUGUAACAACCAAUUUUAUCGUCAAGUUCUUGUAUGGGAUCUCUGGUAUGGCCUAUGGUUACAUUCUCCUGAACAUAGAUUACUUCGGAGCGGAUAGAUUUGCCCUGGGUUCCAGUGUUGGAGUUGCGGUGGGCUUGAUGGGUGGUGCAGUUGGAACAGCUAUGGUUGCUUUUGCACCGCUACUAUCUGCUAUCAUCACUGCGUUAGUGCUCAGUGCUCUGCAGAUUCUGGUGGUUCUCUCAAUGACAGAGGUUCAGUAGAUUUCAGGAGAGGGAUAUGCAAUGCAGCUUUCGAAAACCUGGGGGAGAUCGAAAAACCUGAUGCAGGAUGCUGUAAUACACUCUAACAGUUUACAUUCCUGUCAAGAUUAAUUCAGAGUCGGAGGAAACAAUGCAUCUUUCAUAAACUCGGACGCAGUUAUCUGGAUAAUAUUUUUUGAAAAGUCAAUCUGCAUACGUUUGGAGUCACUGAGUUCUUAAUUUGGACAAAUCUUUUUAUC